CUCCGAAAUAACCAUCAAAUCCAAUCCUGGAUUCCAUGUUUUUCCGGUGGUCAUCGAUGACGCCCUUGGUAAUAACACGAUAAUCACAGUAGAGUGGACAGGGAGUAAUUCAAUACUGGUUGAAGUUACUGGUCCAGACGGUACUCAGAUUGACCAUACCGAUCCCAGAUAUUAUAGAGGAGACAAGAUCGUGACGAUUACUCUACCUCAGGCGCAGACUGGUUUAUGGCACAUAAGAAUCAGCGGCAUAACUCAUGUUGAACAUGCAAGUGUAUCAGUGACAUCUCAGCAAUCUACAAAAUACUCCCCCGUUACAGUGAAGGUUCUCUUGGGAUCCCUUAAUGUGGAUCAUUCUAGCAAACCUGCUCUAGCAAUUUAUGUAAAGGUUGAACAAGAUUAUUUACCGGUGCUCAAUGCUACUGUCACAGCUAUCGUUUCAUCAGAAUCGUCUUCCACGACAUUAUCUCUUUUCGACAACGGUUCGGGUUGCGACCUUAUGAAAGAUGACGGAGCAUAUUCAGGAUGCUUCACGGAUUUCCGAAAUAAUGGUAGACAUGAUGUCAAGGUCAAUGUUCUAGGAUACAUUGAUGUAGAAGGAGGAUCAUGGAGAGAGAGGAGGUCAGCUGACUCUAGCGAUUCCGUUCCGGCAGCGGCACCAUCUUUCAUGCGUACAGCAUCAGGAGGUGUCUUCAAGGUCGAAGGCUACGACCCUGAAGCUCCAGACAUCCUGCCACCGUCCCGUAUCCAUGACCUGGUGUAUACCUCAUUCUCAUACGAUAACAGCACAGUGACACUCAGCUGGACUGCUGUAGGAGAUGACCUAGACCAAGGAACGGCAUCCAGAUACGAGCUCCGCUAUUCUACCAAUAUCUCUGACCUCCAAAACAACUUUGGCAGUUGUCAUGAAGUUACAAGUGAUCAACUCGUCUACGGGAACCUCGAAAACAUCAAACCAUCAGGGCUUACUGAAACCAUCACCGUCACCCUUCCAGAAAGAGGGCAAGGUAUUGUGUACAACUUCGCAAUAAGGGCGUGGGAUGAGGCAGGGAAUGAAGGAGAUCUGUCGAAUUUCGCUUCCUUGUCAAUCCGCUUUAUACCAGAGCCUAUCGAACCAACUACCCAAGACCAAUCAUCCACCAAUCCGACAAGACUAGGUGAACCAUCUACCAAUCUUACUACACCAGACGGGUCGUAUUCCAAACCGACUAAUGAACAAGAAUUUCAUCCCGAUAAGAAAUACAUCGGUAUAUGGUGCGUGGUCGUAGCGGGGAUCCUUGCUGCUGGAAUUUGCAUUCCUAUCGUUUGCGUUUGGAUCUCUUACAGACGCAAGUAUCCCGUGAAAUUCAAAACAGAGGAUGGUAUCCAAGUUGGAGGGGUGGAGAAAUUAAAUCCAACCUAUAGCAACCCCACUUUUGCUCCCAUAAUAUAAUUUGUUCCAGCAACAUGUGAAUAGUGUGAAAGAAGGCAGUAGAAACGAUUAAUAUUUUCAUUUUUGGUGAAUGUACAUUCAUAUUAAAUGUAUUGGAUCAUUUGUCUAAACAACGCACAGUUCCCAUGUAUUGCUUGUUCAAUUUCAUCGCGGUAAAGAGACCACAGCUUGUCACACGUAGAAUUGUUUUGUUGAGAGCAAAACUGGAAAAAAAGUACCCACCCCUUCCCAUUAAUACAUUUUUCAAGAUCCUAAGAUUCUUUUAUAAUAGCAAAUAAUUUUUAAGAAUAAUUCAUAACAAGACUUCUGUACUUACGAAAUCUACUUAUUGACCA